UCUAACCAGUUUGAAUUAAUAAGAGAAGUUUCUAAAUGAAUAAAUAGCCGGGAAAUCUGUGUGACAGUAUCGUGGUAACAUAAGAUAGAAUUUUUAUUUAUAAAAAAUAAUAUUGACAAUAGCUUUUUUUAUGCAAAAAGGAGAUAAGGAUUUUAACUUUCAGUCUAGUUAUCGGCUUCUGAAUCUCGUGAAUAUCAGAUAAUGAGCCUUUCCCUUACUCGCUCCGGUAUAUCUUUCCUGUGCCAGUUUGCAAGAGAAUACUGUAUAGAUACUAUUUGUUUACGAGAUUUUUUGCACGUUGCGUUCAAUAAAAAGAGUCACCCGCUGAUUUUCGUAUCUGGUACCGGCAAACAGAUGAUGUACAAAGGAAAAUGGUCAAACACAAACCAAAAAAGAACAAGUUAUGAAUAUUGAUACUAUAUUCGCCUCGAGGCUUAUCUUUUGUCACCGAGCUAAUUUCCUAAGCCUGUCGACUACUUUUCGAGGCACAUAUAAAUAAGUCGGUCAUCGAAGGACAAGGUUAAAUAUUUAGUUUAGGGAUCUUUCGAGUAAGAUUUGAUGCUCCGAGUGGAUGGGCUGGUUAGAAAGAACACGACAGAUCCACGUCGAUAGUAGAUUUUUUUAGAAUAAUAAUUUUAUACAAAAUUAGACACUAGAAGUUAGAGAUGUCUUACACUCGCUUCGUCAGACAACAGAGACUUCUUGUCAAAGUCUUCAUCUUAACAUCAGUCUUCUGGAUUUCAGUGGAUUUUUUAAUAUUCUUAACGUUCAUGAACAAUCAGUUAAACCUCUUUGACUCAGAAAAUCUUAUGCCAAAUACUGUUAAAAAUAAUAGACGCAGUCAUGAUUACCGAAAGUUCCUUCACAAGCUUCGAUCAAAUAGCAACAGGAAGAACCGAUAUGAAGCAUUUGAUGUUAUUCCUGGGUUAGGAGAGUUCGGAGUACCGGCCAAGUUACCCGACAAUCUCAAGAACGCCGCGCAAAUGGUGUUUGAUAAUCAUUCGUUCAACGUUAUGUUGAGUGACAGGAUUUCAUUGGACAGAAAGUUGCAAGAUGUUAGGGGACCUAAAUGUAAAAAGAAGCAUGUUGGGUAUCCUAAAAAGCUGCCAACUACAAGUGUUAUUAUUUGUUUUCAUAACGAGGCGCUGAGCGUAUUACUACGCACCGUUCAUAGUGUAUUGAAUGAAUCUCCACCUCAUCUUAUUGCUGAUAUUAUACUGGUAGAUGACUUUAGUGAAUAUGAUAACCUAAAAGAACCCUUAAUGCAGCAUAUUUCACGACUGAAAAAAGUCAAAGUACUGCGCAUGCCCAGCCGGCAAGGCUUGGUACCCGCGCGGUUAAGAGGAGCCGAAGAAGCCAAAGGCGAGGUAUUAACAUUUCUAGACUCUCACUGCGAAGCGACACCUGGUUGGCUUGAACCACUUUUGGCGCGAAUCGCGGAAGACAAGCGAAACGUCGUGUGCCCUGUGAUUGAGGUGAUUGGCGCGGACGACUUUAGUUACCAGACCUCAGACGUAAUUUUUGAGCGAGGUGGUUUUACCUGGGACUUGUUUUUUACUUGGAAAGCGAUUCCUGAAGUGGAAAGACUGAGAAGAAAAGAUGAAACAGAUUCCAUCAGGUCACCCACCAUGGCCGGGGGUCUCUUCUCUAUGCAUCGUCAGUAUUUCUAUGAUCUUGGCACGUACGAUGAUGAGAUGGAGAUAUGGGGUGGAGAGAACUUGGAGCUCUCAUUUAGGAUAUGGAUGUGUGGUGGGCAAUUAGAAAUCAUUCCCUGCUCACGUGUUGGUCACGUGUUUCGUAAAUUCACCUCCCCAUAUAAGUUCCCAAAAGGGACGUCCCUGACAUUAGCCAAGAAUUUCAACCGUCUGGCUGAAGUUUGGAUGGACGAGUACAAAGAGCUUUACUAUAGGAAGAAAACUGAGGAAGAGAAGGCGGUUGACAUUGGUGACAUCAGUGACAGGGUUGCGCUCAGGAAGAGAUUGAACUGUAAAAGUUUCAAGUGGUAUUUGGAAAAUGUGUUUCCUGAUAUGACGAGCGUGGACCCCAAUCCACCAGCACAAGGAGAAAUUCGAAAUCUCUACAACAACAUUUGUAUAGACACUCUCGGAGAUAAGAACAAAAUAGAGAAAGUUGGUUUGUAUUCUUGUCAUGGAAUGGGAGGCAACCAAUUUUUCACAUUGACGAAGAGUAACGAAAUAGUGUUCGGUGAUGACAAGUGUCUUGAUGCACCUGACGGUGAACCUGGCAGUUUUGUACAGAUGAUCACGUGUCAUGGACUGCGAGGGAACCAGGAAUGGAAACACAAUAAACAAGACGAAACAAUCGUUCACGUGUGGACAGAAAACUGCUUGGAUCUGUCCGAGGAUCGAGCCCACAUCGUGGUGAACCCAUGUGAUGGAAGCAAGACGCAGACGUGGAGAUUCUCUAGAUACAAGAAAGACAACAAUCACACUAAAACACCUGAAUACCUUUAAUGAUAACAUAUCAGAUAUAUCAUCCAUUAUCACAAAUAUUAAUAUAAAUAACUUGAUGACUAGGUCUAAUAAUUCGGUAUAAAAUAUCAGUGCUAUUCGUGUUUCUUCAAGCACAUUUUUCUCGGAAAAAAUGCGGUAUGAGUUUUUUUUGCAGAAUAUUUGAGAUUAAGAGUUUUUAAAAUAAUAUAUUAUUGCAAAAAGUAUAAUGACACUUGAAUAAUGAAAUAUCAGGAGAAAUAAUAUUAUAAAU